AUGGAAAUGAAGAACCGGUCAGCCAUUCAAGACUUCAUCCUAGUGGGCUUAUCCAGUUCCCCUGAACAUCAGAUGACCAUCUUUUGGGUAUUCUCCUUCCUCUAUACAGCAGCUUUAGCGGGCAACUUCCUCUUCAUCCUCACCAUAUGCACUUGCAGCAAGCUCCACACCCCAAUGUAUUUCCUGCUCAUCAAUUUGUCUGUAGCAAACGUGUUGUGCAUCUCGGUUACAAUUCCUAAGACGCUCCAGAUCACUCUGGCCCACAGGAAGACCAUUUCCUUUUCUGGCUGCAUCGCACAAGUCUACCUUUUCUUGUGGGCUUUGGGCACAGAGAACAUGCUCCUCUCCUUUAUGGCCUUCGAUCGCUACUCGGCCAUCUGCCACCCUUUACAAUAUCCGGUCAUCAUGAGGAAAGAACUUUGCCUUGUGGUAGUGACUGGAGUGUGGGUGACCGGGAUGGUUGAUUCUGCAGUUCACGUGGGCCUGGUGCUCCGGCUUUCCUUCUGUGACUCCAAUAUAAUCAACCACUUCUUUUGUAAUCUGCCUCCAUUGUUGGCACUGUCGUGUUCGGACAUCAGUAUCAAUGAAACCAUGGCUUACGCUGCUGCUGUGGUUUUAACCAUGGGCAGCUGUGUGCUGACGCUGAUAUCCUACAUGUUCAUUCUGGCAGCCAUCUUUAGAAUCCGAUCCACCGAGGGAAAGAAAAAGGCCUUCUCCACUUGUUCUUCCCACCUUCUGGUGGUCAGCUUUUACUUCUCCACCAUCAUCUACACGUACAUCAGGCCUGCCUCAUCCUAUACAUUAGAAGACGACAAGUUGGUAGCGAUCCUUUAUUCGGUGGUAACGCCUGUGCUCAACCCUCUUAUAUAUUCCCUAAGAAACAAAGAUGUUAAACAGGGUCUCAGAAAGGUCACAGAUGGGUUCCUGUUGAGGCCCACAUUACCGUAA